UCCUUAGCUAUCGCGCCCAAGCAGCUGGAGAGAUCCCCACCAAAACCCCGGCCAACCAUGGCGACCGAAACGGCAAAUGCAGGGCCGAAUGGCACUGUCAAUGGCGACUUCCAGGCCUUAUGGGCGAACAAAUACCGCGGUGCGACAGUAGAAGACCUCGACCCACCACCCGCUCUCUCCGUCCACCCCACCGACCCCAUCUCCUACGCCCUCAUGUCCGGUCUCGAGCGCGACUACACGCACCUCACCGUGACCUCCGAGCAGCGCGCGCUCCUCGGCUACAUUAGUAUCCCCCAUCUCCAAGCGCUCCUUAAGGAAGGGAAAGUGAAGGACAGCGACCCAGUGGAAGCCGCGAUGCUCAAGUUUAGGCGACGAGGCCGACGGUAUAAGGUCAUCACGCUGGAUACACCGCUGGAGGAGCUGCAGGAGUUCUUUGAUGGUGGGGUGGACGGGAGCGGGAAGCAGGAGUUUGCUGUGGUGACGGAUGCGAGCCGGAAGUUCGUGCUGGGGGUUGCGACGAGGGGGGAUUUGGAGAGCUUUGUUAAGAGGAGGGCUUGAUCUACAGGAGAGUAGAGUGGGGAUAGCGACGGUAGAGGGCACUGGAAUUUGCAUUGCUAGGCGUUCGCGUGGUGCAUAUGGCUAUAUGGGCGGUUUCGCGGAGGCUUGAUUCAACAUACCCUCCUGCAUUAUAGUUCGGCUCCCUGCAGGACUUGGAAGUCUGUUCUUCACGCAGAGACUCUAGUACACUCCGGAAAAGCAAGGUGUGGGGCGACUCCUGUGACAGCGACCGGGAAUAGCUAGGCGUUGAUCGGAACAGCGCAGAUCCAUGCUCAACGCUCGAUUCCAGAAUAAAAGCAACGAAAAUUAAAAAGAUGCACCC